UCAGGAUUUAAGAGUGCAUGAAUUACCGCUCCACAGCGGGUUACGUUACGCAAGAGCUGCCGUCAGAACAGGGGAUCACAGGGAGCAGAGAGAGAGGGAAAGCAGAGAGGAUGGCAUAGAGAGACGGGACAGAGGCAGAGAGUAAAGAGAGAGAGGGAGUAGAGGGAGAAAGAGAGAGAGAGAGAAAAGCAGGAAACGGAAAGCAAAGCAGGGAGCAGAGAUUGCAGGGACAGGCAGAUUACAGAGGGGCUACGAUCCACAGCGCACACCAGCGACAUGGGCAACACACAGACCUCUUUGUCUCCACUGGGGGAGUGAAGAGACGAGACGAGGACUGGGAAGAGGACAGGACACUGCGAGAGGAAGUGAUUUGAAGAACACUGUGUUUCUGCAGCUUUUGCUGGGAGACCUUCGAGUGGCGGGACGGUAKGGGACCAGCGGUGAGUGUCAUCUGGCCAUGAGAGAGUGACGGAGAAAGGACGUCUAGUGCUACUGAGGACAUCUUGGUAUCUUCCUCUCCUGCCUYUCCCCAUGUCGAGAGGAGGGAGGCCCCUGUGUGGGUGGGCCCUGAUGUGGCCCCUGGCGUGUGCACUGGCCCUGGCUGCAUGCUCGUCGGUCAGCCCCCUCCUCCAAGAGACCACCUCUGAUCCUCCCAUUUCUACAGAGACACGGACUGAAGUACGGACACAGCCAGACCAUCAGACAGAGGCACAGACACUUGCAGAGUUUCAGACCCAGCCAGAGRUACGGACAGAGGCACAGACUGUGGCACAGACACAGGCAGAGCUACAGACACAGCCUGAGCUACAGACGGGGUCCCCAACAGAGUUAGAGUCACAGGCAGCUACCAGCAACCACACAGGUCUGUUGUGUGUGUCCGUGCUUCCCCCGAGGCGGGGGUCGUUCUAUGUAGAGCGUGGGACGGGGGUGUCGGUGGGUACAGUGRUGGCCUUCUGGUGCAGGGAGGGCUACCAGCUGGUGGGCAGUGAUAAGAUCUCCUGCAGCGUCCGGGCAGGCAAACCCCAGUGGAGCAACUUCCUGCCAGUCUGUGAGGCCAUCCCGAGGCCAGAGGACCGGGGUCUGCGCGUGGCCYUGCUGGCCUCGGUGGUCAGUGGCAUCGUCAUCCUGGCAAUGUCGCUCUCCUUCAUCAUCUGCUGCCUGCAGGAACGCACUGGGAAGGACAGGGGRRCCAGGAGGGARGGCAGGAGCAGGUACGGUACACACACUCGCACGCAUUCACAGACGCAGGCAAGCYCACACACACACAUUUGAAAUGCUUCAUUUUAAUCCACAAAUUAGGAAGCAGUACCUCGCUACAUGCUUUGCCUUUGUGCGAUGCAGGCCUGCGGUCUGAACGCCCGUACUGUCAACCUGGCCGAGACUCCCAAAUAUCAGCACCACAAGUUUGCACUGAUAACCAAGGCUGUUCAGGCGUGACACGAGGGUCUGGUAUUUCAGCAACUUGGCAGCAAAUGCCUGCUCCAUGUAGUAGUCAAAAGAGCAACACACUUCCAAAAUGAACACCUCCCUCUGGCCUCCCCCCACAACAACAAUAUCUGGCAUAUUUGGUCUAUAAGAAAACAUAUCGGUAUCACACAGACACGCACACUUCAAACCUUUACCGGAAAGAGGAGACAGAGGUGAUAUUGAUGGAGAUGAUGAUAAUCACCUCUCUCCAGGCGUAGAGYCACGCGGUCUUCUCGGCGUAGUGAGUGCUGGCUGGAGAGAGAGGAGGGGGAWUGGGACACGUUCCCCCCUCCUAAGAUCUUCCACCUGUCCCAGCGGCCGGACRUCCGGCUGGCUGCAGAGAGCCCGGUCUACCUGGGGGGCAUGGCCGGCUUCGACAACCGCGGAUACCAGAGGAGUCAGGAGAGCCUACUGAAGGCCCCGCUUCCUGGUCUGUUCCAGGCGGAGAGUCAGAUCAUCUACCCCCAUGUGGUGCUCCAGAGAGUCCCCACCCCCACCGCCCCAACUGCCCCUGUCUACCUCCACAACAUGCCCCCCAACUCUGGAUGUGCUCCCUCACAGCCACACCACAUGCCCCCAUACCCUACCCCGCAGUAUCCUAUCCAAAACUCCACCCCCCAGCGAGUUCCAUGGCAAACGCAGCCCCAUUGAACUGUCACUGUCCCCUCUCUCUCUCCCUCUCUGUAGGUCAAGGGUCAAGGAGAAAGGAUCAAAUAACACACUAUUCCCUAAUAAGUGUGCUACUUUUGAGCAGAGCCCGAUGCAGUUAACAUACACGUUUUGGUCAAAGGUAGCGUAAUACAUAGGGAAUAAGGUGUUAUUUGUAAUUUGAGAACAGCCCUCAGACCCCUGUCAGUGAGAUGAUUCUACUACUGCAAGGAUAGAUGGAUGGGACACGUGUUACUGUACAUAUUGUAUGAUAUGGACUGACUGACAGACAGACAGACAGACAGACAGACCAGAGGGUCUUUUCCAGCACUUCCUGACUCCUCGCCUCGUCUCUCAGUGGGGAAGCCCUUUCUGCUGUUUCUAGUGUAUCUCUACACAGCAGAGAAGGGUUUUCUAUCUCUACCAUUCUCUCUGUCUCCUAUCAAGACUUUUGGUCCUUUUGUGGUGUCCUCCAUUUUCACAAGAGCAUUCUUCCUAUUAGUCUUCUGAUUGGUCAAAGUCACCCUCAGACUGGGCCUAUCAGGACACACUUAGCUGAAGUUCACUUGUUGAUGUCACUGACUGAAGACUGUGAGAUGUUGUUUGGCGGUGGUCACCAAGUCUCGCCACCGACCAAAGAAGAGAAUGGACUUAGCUGAGGAAAGUGGAUGCAGAAAUCAUCCCCAAUACCAUGUAUGGGUGUAUAAUAUAUUAUUCUUAAAGGUCAUGAACAGUCAAAAUUAUGUUUUUCAUGAAUUUGGAUGAUAUUAGGAUGAAAAUAUGAUGACCAAAGUAUGAAAAACGACUUUUUCUUCUACAUUGAUGAAGUUUGGUCAUAAAGUUACUGGUCCCCACCCCCCGGUAUCAAACACUUGGAUUCAGGAAGCAGGAUUAUUAAGGGGAUAAGGUGACAUCACCCUAAUGCUCUCGUUUUAAUACACCAAUGGUAACAUGAUAUUCUCUUACCUAAUUUAAAUAAGUGCUGCCUUGUAACCAACAUUGGAGAAAGCGUGUUUGCAGAGGGGCGUGGUUUAUAGAGCUAGAUAACUACUCUACUGGUGUUACCUCGUCACUGGCUAGCUAGGUCUUCAGCCAGCGUGAAACUAAAGGGGGAAACGGGUCGUUCAGAACCCUGACACAGUUGUCAUGUUAACACAUCCGUCAGUGCUGCUGUGAACCGCAACAACGGAAACAUGCCAAACGUAUAUCACAUAUCAAAAUGUAUAUCAUUGAUGCGAUUUCAAUGUUGUUUGAGUASCUUUGUGUAGCACCAGAUUAGCUUGAGAGGAUUUUACUGCAAUGCUGCUCAUUGCAUCCCAGUUUCUUGACAUAGGCAUUGAAAAGAGCUCUCGUUCAAGGCGAGUUCGUGAAUAUAAGCUCCCCGCCCACUCAGCCUGUCUUUUCAAACUUCCUGGUAGCUAGCCAUGAGAGYAAAAGUCAUUUUCUAAAAUGUUUAMCGUUUCUAUCCCAAAACAAUAUAAUGGGUGAUAUUUUUGUCACUCAAAAGGCUAUUURACAUGGGAAUCAGAAUGACUCUUCAGGACCUUUUAAUGAUAUCAGAAGGCCUUUCAGCAAAGUUCACCCAUUAUUUCCCCCCAUUUGUUCUAAAGCUUUGGACAAAAKAUUUGGAGAGCUCCUUACCUGUUGUUGAAGUCUUUGUCGUGGGUUUUUCUACGGUGGUAGGAGACUUGGAACAGUCACACCAACUUACCUGCACUUUAUGGAUUUUACUGAUGGGCUGGCAAUAGCAAUUGCAAGAACCUUUGCACUGAUUAUUCCCGCAAUAUGUUUGUAUGAAAAAUGGUUUCUACCUGAAAACUGAUUAAAUAGAUGUUUGUUUAGUUGA